AUGUGGAGGCUUGUUCAAACGGGCUUAUCCGUUGUAGCAGGUACUGCGGAACCUGAAUACGGUCCGGAUUCUAUUCGUCCAGUUGGUUCGGACUUGAAAGAGGGAGAAAAGUGCUAUUCGGAUCUAACAAGAGAGGAAAUGCACUUCCGGGCUCCAGAAUACACCAACGUAGAAACACAGGUGUUUUAUUUCGAAGACGAGAUUUGGUCUGGUUUUGCUCAGAUCAUUCAUUCCAAUAUGGUUGGGUUGCACACGACUGCACAGUUUACGUUCAAGAUUUUCAAAAAGGAAGAACCUGAGAAAUACGUUUGGACUUCGACCCAUUUGAACAAUUUUCAUAUAGACAAUGGCACUGAUUUCUUUGCCGAUGAUUUGAGUAUCGUUUUAAGUGAGGAUGGUACCACGUACACGAUCAAUUCCAGCGUGAACCUGCGGUCUGAGGUGAUUGAUUUGAAACUUGUUCACAUCGGUCAAGGUAUCAAGUUUGGCAAGGAUGGAACAACGUACUAUGGGUUAGAUCCAGAGAAUCCUUGGGGUUCUAUGAGACAUAUUUUUUGGCCAAGAUGUCAUGUGAGUGGUGAAAUCGUUACUAGAGAAUAUAGACAGCCGGAAUUGGAUGAACAGUCAGAAUCCGGUGAAUAUUUGGAGCUUGAUUCCACAGAUGCCAAGCUUCUGAUUAAAGAGGAAUCAGCUAAGCUUACGGAUGCAUUAGGAAUGUAUGUGAUGGCUUUGCAAGGUAUGAAACCUCAGCACGCAGCAGCUUCGUGGGAUUUCCUCAAUUAUCAGUCUCCCGAGUAUUCUGUUGUUUUAAUGGAGUUCACCACUCCUCCUUCGUAUAAUAGAACUACGGUAAGUACGGCCAUGAUAGUGGAUAAGGAGGGUAAAGUGGUUCUGUGUUCUUUGGAUAACAAGACAGAGCAUUUGGACACUUUCAAAGAUGAAUACUGCGGAUGGAUGGUUCCUCGGAAGGUUUCCUACACUUUGAAGGGAGUCGAUGAAGACGGUGUAGAGACAGUGGCAGUUAUAUCUGCUGAUUUAAAAAGAAUGUCCGAAAGAGUGGAUGUCAUGAGCGAAAUCCCCCAGUUUGUCAAGAAUAUUGUUUCUGCUGCCGCAGGAACUAAGCCAUUUAUCUAUCAGUUCAGUAACACAAUGAAUUUGCUAGUUAAAGUGAACGGAGAGCAGGUGAUUAAUGAAGAUGGUUACGGUUAUAGUGAGACCACCUUUAUCAGAUCUGCAUCUUGUGUAGAGGAGCCGCAUGCAAGCCAAGGUGACGAAGCUUAUGACUUGCUCUUGUCUCCUCAGGCAUUAUCUAGUGAAGAAAGUGAAUGGGUUUUGUUUGGGGCACAACCUGAGCAAAAUCAGCAAUGCUCAGAGAUCCUUAGUUUCGAUGACGAGUCUAUAGUGGAUCAUUUGGACGAUUUCACCGAAUUCAGAGACCAGCAGGAUAUAAAAGAGCGUCGUAAUAUAACAAACGAACGAAUUGAACGAUGGCGAAGAGAUCAGGUCAAUGUGCUGGUGUCAGAGCUGGUUCAAGCAGAUAGUGGGCGAAUGCGUGAUUCUGAAGCACGUGAUUUGAUCAAGACGUGGACUUUUGCUGAGCGAGGUGUUAAUAGGAUUGGCAUUUGCACUUCAAUCGACAAGUAUUAUGGGGAUUGUAUAAUACGAGGUUACGGAGAGGACGAUAUAAUAGUGAUCAAGCAGGUUUUGAGUGAUUUUUCCCAGUACUUGAAAUGCAGUAUUAAAGAACGAAGACGAUCAUCAGUUGAGUCACGUGCUGCAUUAUCCUGUGCUUCAAUGAGUAGCUCUAAAAUGAUGAACAACCCAUGUCUUGACAAGUACAUUCCGAUGUUUUUGAGGAACCUUAUAGAGAAGAAAUCUGUGGAGAAGUUUUGGGAUGAGGGUAGUUUAGUUACAUCGGAGAGUAUUGUGGGUUAUUAG